UGUCAGCCUAGAUUUCAAAUACCAAAUCAAUUGUUGUUUUAAUUAUUGUUGUUUUUUCCUGAGAUAAUGCUACCCCAGAAAAAAAAACACAACAAAUGCAACCAGAUAUAGAAUGAUGAUUUUCAAUGCUGCAAUGCAUGUCCAUUUCAGAACUAAAAAGAGGGAGCAUGUCACAAAAGCAAAUGACAGUUAUGAUGCCACCUUAAACAGGCAGAGAAAGCGCAGCCGGCUUAACACAAAAACAACGCUACGAAAAAAGACCUUGAGGGAAAGCUCUAGCAUCAACGAGGAGAGAAAAGGGAAAUACUUUGAAAUCAUGUCUGUGGGCUAUAUGUCCUCAGAGCACACAGGGUCUGAUGGAGAAAAUGAGGGGUCUGACGAGGAAGCACCUAAACUGCUUUACAAGCAUAAGCUUCUAUGGAGGAGUGAGGAGGCCGAUUCAUUGAUGGCCUACUUAGAAAAAAAAAUUAGGAAGGGCAGGGGCCAGAGAAGCACAAACAUGAUGUUCAGGAGGAAAGAUGGUGCUAAUUCGAAAAGAACUGCACCAAUUGGUGCUCCCGAUUGGGCUGUGAAGCAUCAGCUUUAGGUUGUCUACAUGCAAGCUAUUCUUUUCGAAUUAGCACCAUCUUCUCUAUUUUGCUAUGAAUGAUGGACUUGUGCGUUGGCACAAAAAAUGUUACUGUUGAAGCAUAUAGUGAUCGACUUUGAUUUACAAAUUCACAACGAUUUUUAUUACAACAAUUUCAUGAGUAUUCAGAUUUAUUAUUGAACUAUUUUCCUCGAAAAACAGUAGAUGAGGCUACAAUUUAUUAUAUAAAGGAGAUGUGAUUUAUUUAGAAUAUUGAAAGAAUAAUAUUCAAAGAAUUAUUACUUUGACCAAGAGCUGAUAAAAUAAUGUUUAUAGUAAUUUAUUUAUUUUGAAAUAUACACUUAUUGGACCAAACCAAAUGUAUAAAUACCGAUUAUAUUUUACUGAUUACAGAAAAUACAUGAAAUAAAAGAUUUCAGUAGA